CCUCUCUCCAGUGCCCGCCGCCGCAGCCGCCGCCGCCGCCCGCCGCGCGGACCGAGGGAGCGGGGUCGCCGCCGCCUGCCCGCCCGGGGUGCCCGCGUGCCCGGGCUGCGGUGGGCCAGGAUGUCGGGCUUCCUGGAGGAGCUGCUGGGCGAGAAGCUGGUGACGGGCGGCGGCGAGGAGGUGGACGUGCACUCGCUGGCUGCCCGCGGCAUCUCGCUGCUCGGGCUCUACUUCGGCUGCAGCCUGAGCGCCCCCUGCGCGCAGCUCAGCGCCAGCCUGGCCGCCUUCUACGGCCGCCUGCGGGGGGACGCGGCGGCCGGGCCAGGGGCCGGGGCCGGGCCGGGGCCGGGGCCGGGGCAGGGGGCCGGGGCGGCGGCGGAGCCCGAGCCGCGGCGCCGCCUGGAGAUCGUCUUCGUGUCCUCGGACCAGGACCAGCGGCAGUGGCAGGACUUCGUGCGGGACAUGCCGUGGCUGGUGCUGCCCUACAAGGAGAAGCACAGGAAGCUUAAACUUUGGAACAAAUAUCGAAUUUCCAACAUUCCAUCACUAAUAUUCUUAGACGCCACCACCGGGAAGGUUGUGUGUAGGAACGGGCUGCUGGUCAUCCGCGAUGACCCAGAAGGUUUGGAAUUCCCUUGGGGACCUAAACCCUUCAGGGAAGUCAUUGCAGGUCCCUUGCUCAGAAAUAAUGGGCAGUCCCUGGAGAGCAGCAGCCUGGAGGGGUCUCACGUGGGAGUCUAUUUCUCCGCACACUGGUGUCCACCCUGCCGAAGCCUCACCCGGGUCCUGGUGGAAUCCUACCGGAAGAUCAAGGAGGCGGGCCAGAAAUUUGAGAUCAUCUUCGUUAGUGCGGACAGGUCAGAAGACUCGUUCAAACAGUACUUCAGUGAGAUGCCGUGGCUCGCGGUCCCUUACACUGACGAGGCCCGGCGGUCGCGCCUCAACCGGCUGUACGGAAUCCAAGGCAUCCCCACCCUCAUCGUGCUGGACCCGCAGGGGGAGGUGAUCACGCGGCAGGGGCGGGUGGAGGUGCUCAACGACGAGGACUGCAGGGGCUUCCCGUGGCACCCCAAGCCCGUGCUGGAGCUCUCCGACUCCAACGCUGUGCAGCUCAACGAGGGCCCUUGCCUCGUCCUUUUUGUAGAUUCUGAGGAUGAUGGGGAGUCCGAGGCAGCCAAGCAGCUGAUCCAGCCAAUAGCUGAGAAGAUCAUCGCCAAGUACAAAGCCAAAGAGGAGGAAGCCCCACUUCUGUUCUUUGUGGCGGGGGAGGAUGACAUGACCGACUCCCUGCGAGAUUACACCAACCUGCCCGAGGCCGCCCCUUUGCUUACCAUUCUGGACAUGUCGGCCCGGGCCAAGUACGUGAUGGACGUGGAGGAGAUCACCCCUGCCAUUGUGGAGGCCUUUGUGAAUGACUUCCUAGCAGAAAAGCUCAAACCAGAGCCCAUCUAGUGGGGUGCCAGCUUCCCAGGACGUUAUUUAAAACUCGUUCUUCUCCUCCCCCUCCCCCCUUCCCUCCACCCUUGGACUUUUCCAGCGUGUCCCGAAUCACACAACCCAAGUGUCCAACCUCUCUGUGGUGCCUUGUUUUCUGCAUUAACUCCUCAGCUAGCACCCUAGGGUGCGCAUCCUCUCCAGCAGCAGAGGAACCACUGUGUUUGGAGACUCUGCUCGGGGUUCGUGGGGCUGGCAGAACCCGGCCAGAACUGGGACUGCAGCGUUCUCUUGGUCGCUAGGUCUUGGUGAAAGAUUUGCCAGGGUGUCUUCUGCCAAGUGGACACCAAGGGACAGAGCAUUGAUGCCCGGGCUCUGCGUCCGGUGCCACUACGCACGCGCAAGGCCCAGGUUUCAGAGACACACGUGCGGGCAGGUGGAGCAGGGAGAGGGCGGCGGCCGCGGUGGCCUCAACGCAGAGCUGCUGGCGGGGACAUCGUCUCCUGAGUGACUUGGUGUGUCUUGGUCUGAGGGAAAAUCACCAGCUUGUCAGUUGGUUCUUGGGCAGGGGAUCUCUGGCCCUCAAAGGAGGUUUGUGUUCUCUGGUGAGGAAGAGAGUAGCUGCGGUCAUGUUUCACGUGGUAACUGCUUACUUUGAUGGAGCGCCUCCCGUGUGAUGAGAAAGAGCUGCUCAUUCCUUCCUUUUAGCUCUUUCUUCCUUGAUCUUGACCUUCUCCUAGUUUCCGCCUUCUCAGAGGGACAGCCGCUACAAUCUUGGAAUGUUGUUAGUAAGUUUUCCCCCUUGGACAUCUUCCCAAGAAGAUGCAGUGGCCCUGCAUUCCCAGCGGAGCACAGCUCACCAGCUGAGCCCUGACUCAGCCCGGCUCUGGGCCUGGGGCUGCUCGUGCUCUGCUGAGGGGCCUCUGCCCACCCUGGGAUACCCCUGCAUUCUCUUUGCUUCUCAAAGCAGAACUUAAAAGAGAUAAGAAAUUACCAGAAGCCUAGCUUUUUCCUAAGAGCCUGCAGAAAGGGCUGUGCCCUAAGGUGGGAGUGCAGGCCGAGCACAGGUCCGCUCUGCUGGGCCCAGCUCAGCUCCUUGUUCAGACUGAACUGACCACAGAAAGGAAGCUAACAGCUGGGCUCUUAGGAUUUGGGCUGGAAAGCUUCACCUAGGGCUUCACAGGGUUUCAGCCUAUCUCAAGCAGGUGUUCAGGGCCUUUAAAAUAAUCUCAGACCUCGUCCCUAGCUCCGCUCACAGCCAAUCAAGACCAUUUAUUUGGAAAACCCAGCCCCCUCCAAUUAGCUGUUGACACCGUUGCUCCUUGCUGAGUGGGAUUGUUGACUUGUAGUUCAGAGGUACAAAUUUAGUUGGUAAUUAGACUGCUACUUUUACCAGCCUGAAAUGCAAUCACCUAGUAAGAAAUAAAACAGGCAUCUCUGGACGGUAUCAACCA